AAAUGGCCAGCUGAAAUCCGACAGAACUUGAAGCUGCAACUUUGCGGCGGCGCAGUGCAAGACUCAGAGCUACUUACAUUUUUUCCUGUCACCCAGCUCGACUUAGGUUGCCCUGCCCCUUGCAAUGGGCUUCAGUUUCAUGGGCGCCCUCUGAAAACCUCCAGCAUCUCGGCAUCUGCAACUUGGGUCACAGUGACGGGAUCAUCAUAGACAGGCUUACGGACUCUCACGGUCUCAGUACCUUCUUUCAGUUUCUUCUGUAUUAUCAAACCGUCUCUGAGACACUUCCUCAUUACUUGCUAAACUGUCCAAUAAGCCCUGUCGCAGGACACAAAACUACCGGUACAUGCUUAGAGGUUGAAGUGCUUCAUUGCGUCAGCUUGUUAGAUAAGUGGCACGAUGCUGCUUCUUGAAGCGCAGCUGUCGGAAAGCGGUCGGCCAAUCCUCCAGCCCGGAGAGAUCGAAUGCCAGCUUAUUGACUCGACAGACAUUGACCUAGAGCAGGAAACCAAGCCACCCUACUGGAAUCCACUACUUGGGGGGAUCGUUAGCCUCACAACCCACAGAAUCAUCUGGAUUGAGCGGACACGGAAAAAGGAGCCAGUCCAGUCGCGCGCUUUCGCAAUCCCCCACCCUGCAGUGCAUGCUUUGGAGCCUCCCAAAAAGGGCGGGCUCAAGUCCCUGUUUGGGAAGCAAGCAGUGAAAUUACGGAUUGUUGUUGGUAUUCGGAAGGACGGCGCUUUGGCAACAAGAGAUGCCGCAAGCGCGGUGCGCGUAGUCAUGGUGUUCCGCAACCUCGACUCAAACAGCGAUGCAUUCGUGACGAGAUUCCAGGAAGUUUUGGAGGCGAAAGCCUGGACGGUCAUCCCCCCCACCUCUGCCCUGCCCGGGCGGGCCCAUCCCGGGUCUGAGCCCUCGUUCUCGGGGCGUCAGGACGGCUCGCAGCCGUCCAGAGCGUUCACAACAGCGCACGCGGGUGUGUCCGGCAUCUUGAAGCGAGAGGAAGCGCAGGCGAAGCAGGCAGACGAAACACUGCAGGAGGCAUUCGGCGACCUGAAUGCACUUAUGAGCAAAGCCAAGGACAUGGUAGCGCUGGCGGAGCGGAUACGCAUGCGCCUCGCCGGGUCGAGCGGGGGGACCGGUGGGGGCACGGACGAGGGGGAGGGCUCGCGCCAGGAGAUGCAGGACCUGCUGCUGAGCGUGGGGAUAGCGUCCCCGGUGACGCGCGAAAACGCGGGGGCGCUCUACCACCAACAGCUGUCCAGACAGCUGUCCGACUUUGUGGGGCCGUUGCUCGUGAAAUCCAACGGGAUGAUGGCGCUUGUGGAUGUCUACUGCUUCUUCAAUCGCGCUAGGGGGACGGAGUUGAUCUCGCCCGACGACCUGCUCCAGGCGUGCCGGCUGUGGGAGCGCGUGAACGCGCCAGUGCGGCUGCGGCGCUUCGAGAGCGGCGUGCUGAUCGUGCAGGCGCGCGGCCACAGCGACGAGGCCAUCUUCGCGCAGCUCGCACAGCUCGUCAAAACGCCCGACGGCACGCACUUCGGGAUCAGCGCGAGCGACGCGGCGCGCGCUCUGGGGCUGCCGCCGGCACUGGCCAAGGAGGAGCUGCUAGCGGCGGAAUACCGAGGACUCCUGUGCCGAGACGAUGGGGCGGAUGGCCUGCGCUUCUAUCACAACUUCUUCCUGGAACUCGACUCGUUACAAGAAGCAGCAGCAGGGCAACAACAAUGACGAGCACUCACCCUCUUGGUAUUUGUGUGCCAUUCGCGGCAGAGGUCGAGGUAGGGUGACAGCCAUGCACAGAACCUACGUGAAGGCUCAAUUGUAACCAGCCCGCUCAGCGGCCAAGCAGCUUCGAAGCGACACGAUCAAAGCAACAUGCUUGCCGGUCUAAAUGUGCGAAAAUCGAGUCAGCAGCCAUUUCUUCAGGUCCAGCUCGACGUGGUAACGUGCGCCACAGCACGAAGCAAGAUGGUCACAAGGUCAAGAACGUCUUGCUCUAUCCAGAUCAUGACGGGACAGCAGAGCGUCAGACUUUGUUGACUCGACAGGAUUCAUUUAAGAUCUUCAAUGAUGUAACCAGUCGUCUAGCUAUUGCACGGCAUGCUUAUAAUCAAGCUUUCACAAG